AUGGCUCCUAAGCCCUACGGCCCCGUCGCCUACCUGUGGCCUUACGGCCCCGCACGCGGCCCCCUCAGGUCACCUCGACAGGUGCCGGGAGGGGCGACCUGGAAGGGGGGGGCAGGCGUCGCCCCCUCUGCAGCCUGCUUUGGCGCCCGGGGAGGCCCUGCCGCUGGGGGGGAGGGUGUGAGGGUGUGGGGGAGCCCGGGGAGUGGCCCUGGGGUGGCGGGUGUGAGACCACCCAGCAGCCGUCCCUCCACCUCUCCUCUCUUCCCCCCUCUGCUGCUCCUGCAGCAGUUUGUGGGGGAGGGGGAAGGGGAGGGGGAGGGUGGGAGGGUGUGA